AUGGUUGCUGUAAAUAUAUACCUCAGGUCAAUCUCGAAGAUUGAUGAUGUAAAUAUGGAAUAUAGUGCUCAAUUUACUUUCCGUGAAGAAUGGCAUGAUGAGAGGCUAUCAUUUCAGAAACUUCAAAAUGCUACUUCUGAGGUUACGUUAUACAUUUUGCAUGACAUAAACAUAUCUGUAAUAGUACCAAAUUUUGUGAUUCUUACUGUAAGCGAAACGCCAGAUUCUUCACAGCAAAUUUGGAUGCCGGAUACAUUUUUCCAAAAUGAGAAAGAGGCUCGUAGGCAUUUGAUUGAUAAACCAAAUGUACUAAUUCGUAUUCAUGCUGAUGGACGUAUCCUUUACAGUGUUCGUCUUUCAUUGGUUUUAUCAUGCCCAAUGUCACUUGAAUAUUAUCCACUCGAUUUUCAACAAUGUUAUAUUGACUUAGCCAGUUAUGCAUAUACAACAACAGAUAUUGUUUAUGAUUGGAAGGCAGAAAUGCCAAUCCAAAUAAAGGAUGGCUUGAACAGAAGUCUUCCAAGUUUUCAACUGGAAGAAGUAAAAACAAAUUAUUGUACAAGUCAUACAGCAACAGGUUUAUUUUAA